GAGACCGGCGGGGCGUACAUCACCAUCUCGCAGCAGGGCAGCGAGCGGGAACACCAAAACCGCACAGGCGUUGCCCAGCAGCAGGAGACGCCGGCGACGCCAUAGGCUAGCCGUCCGUCUCGCCCGCUCAGGUCUUGUAUGCUUUUCUCGUUGCUCGCACAUGCUUUGCACAGGUACUAUAUCGCACGCUGCCUCGUCGCACUCACGGUCGCUGUCCCCGCCUCGCACAAUCUCCCCUAUGCGCAUCUUAUGUUUCCUCCUAGGCUCCCUUCAUCUUUUUUAUUGUCUUGGCUUUCUUGCAUCACGCAUAGCAUGGCGCGCCGCGGCAGCCCUGGGGGAUGCCCGCGGUCGCCACCCGCAUUUACAUCUGCUCGCCUAAUACUCCGCCUUUCUCCUUCGUCGUUGGGCUGGGCGUUCCCUUUUACUUAUCUCUCCUCAAUCCUCUCACCCCCCUGUCUGCCUACCUCUCCUCCCGCCUGUUCUCACAUCUCUCCUCCCUCUCACCACCCUCAACGACGAGCUGUAAUUUGUACGGUACAUUACUCAACUCUCGGGCUUCGUCUCCCGACUAAUUACAAUCUUUCAAUAUGACUAUCCCUUGCA